AUGGAAAAGCGUUUGUCGUCCAGUGUGUGUUCCCUGAUCUCCUCACAGUCAAACGUCCUCACCGUGACGUUGGUCAGAGAAGGCACAACACCCAGGGACACGGGACAAGUGAAAAUGGCCUCCAUGAUGAGAUGGUGUGUGGUGCUGUGUGCGCUCCUGUGUGUGUUGCUGUGUUGGAGCCGCUCUGCAGACGCCUAUCCUGCCAAACCCGAGAGUCCAGGCAACAGCGCGUCCCCGGAGGACUGGGCCAAGUACCACGCAGCCGUGCGCCACUAUGUGAACCUCAUCACCAGACAGAGGUACGGGAAGAGAUCAUCUCCAGAAGACUUGGGAUGGCUGCUCUUUGGAGCCGACUCUGAGCCACGGUCGGAAUACAGCGAUCAGUGUGACCAGAGCCGCUUCAUCACCUCCUUCACACAGACUCACGGAGCCGCUCGGAGACGCUCGGAGCCGCUCGGUGGUCGUGUGCGCAGCGUGUGUUUGUCUGUGGUCCAUGACGGAUCUCGCGUCCAGGUCCAACCCCGAGCUGCUACACGACCACAGCCCGGAGAGGAGCCCCCCGUCCCCGCGUCCGGAGGUGUGAGGUGUGGGUACCCCUGGAGGAGACGAGUUAACUCAUCAAUAUUUACGGACGACACGGAGAGAAGCUCGUUCUGA